CCCGUAGAAAGCAUCUCGUGAGCGCGCGCAGGACUAACCGCGUCCCCGAGCUGACGCUUUUAACAUCAGUCGGAGGUUCCCUUCGUAUAUCGGCUAUUGGAUUUAUAAACUCGCACAAAAGGAACAUUUAAAACGCUUAAAAACACAUCGUCAGCAGGGCUAAGGGAUGGAGUUCCCUGUAGAUGUGUUGGUGUCUGUGAGACAUGAAGAUUUGGAAAGUUCAGCCCAGAGCUACAUGAACAAACUGCUUUACAGCAACCCAAAUAACACACAAUACCUUACCCUGCCCAGCACCAGAAAGAUCCUAAUCAGUCCUGCCAAUGUCGGGUUUGUUCCUCUUUAUGGAACCAACCUCAAACACAAAGUCCUGGCUCUGUUUGCUCCUGAGGACCAGUUCACAGCUGUGGCAUUGUUCUUGGCUGAUCAGUGGUACACAGUGGAAGAUAUUCUCAGAACGUCAAAUCCUACAAGAGAAGGCCUUGCAAAGGUAAGGUCUGUCGGUGAGAGGAUAGUCUUAUAUGUACUGAACCGCAUCAUUUACCGGACGGCGGAAAUGGGUUCUAACGAGGUGCCGUUCCUGUGCCAUGGAGAAGAUGAAGAUGCCAAAAUCCUCUGGACGAAUGGAGAGGCAGUGGGCUUCUACUCUGUCAAAUCUAAAGGUAGCUUGUGUAAUACCUUUGUGAGCCAGUGUUAUCUACUUCCAGUCAUGGACUCUAUAUUUGUGCGGAAGGAUCACCGUGGUAACGGUCAUGGCUUGCAGAUGUUGGAGGACUUUGUGGACUCUUUUAAAGAUGAUGAACUAGGCUUAAAAUACCCUUUAACAUUGGCAAUGCAAAAGGUAUGCAGACAGUACCUGAACAAGUACCCAGUCGAUGUGGAUCUGCUGUGGGAGGUGGAAGGAGUUGGAGGUCCCUACCAGAAAGUGAAAGUGGCAAGCAAACUUGGCUCUUUGAUACUACAAUGUAACAAUAGCUCAUGGGCAGCAGAGGAAGGCAAAAAUGGCGAAGUUGCAGUUAAUGAGGUGGAGAUGAACGAGGAGAGCUGCCUGGACAUCACAGAAGAUGUGGUGGUUGUCAACAAACAUCUUACAGUAGCAGAAGAAAUUAAUGACUUGCCCAUUUCCACACGCACACGGAGCAUCGGACAUAAACAAAAGAAAAGGCCAAGGGAUGAACCAGAAGAGAGUGACGUGGAGAACCAACCUGAAAAAAUGAGCAGAUUGGUUGAACCAGAAGCAGAGACAGAACCUGAUGCUGUUGUACCUGAGACUAAAAAACAGAGGGAUGGAGAAGAAGAAGAAGAAGAAACCUUGGUCCAGGUGAAGGAGGCUGUGACCGCCAUGGCUCCUGCAACAGACACCGAAAUUCUGGUGGCCGAAGUCAAUGGAGAAAUAAGUGACAGCCAGGAAGUGAAUAUUGAGAGGUCAGCAGACACAUCAGAGGAUGCACAGGCUGACCAAGUAUGCCCACUAGAGCCAGAUGCUGUCAUUCAAAAUGGCGCUGUUGAGGAGAUGGAGGUAGAGAGAGAAGCACAGGAUGACAUCAUCGACACACCUAAGGAGUCUGAAGAACCAUCUGAAGGGAUGGAGCAGAUCGACCAAGAACUUGUUACUGAGGAGCAACAGGAAGCAGAGACAGAAGUUGCUCUUCCUGUUGAGGAUGAAGGGGAAGUUGAGCAGGAACAGAAUGAGGAAGUAACUCCUGCAGUUGAAGAGGAAGGAGUUUCUGCAGUUGAGGAAAAUGAGGACACUCGUCCACCCGCUGUUCCUGAGGCUCCAGUCCUUCAGACUGACCUGAUUGAGUGUGUUUCCUCUGUGCAGGACAGUGAGGCUUCAGAGGAACCUGCCGUUCCUGAGCAAGAAGCUCCAGAGGAGGAGACGGCCACUUUCCCUAGUGCUACAGGUGAAGAAGGGGUUAUUAUAAAGACCAAGGGGCCAACUAUGAACCAAGAAGAUGAGACGGCCUCUGAUGAGCCACUUGAGACAGAAGAAAGCCAGCCUGCCAUGGAGGACUCUGAAAAAGAGAGGCCAGAGGAAGAGAAUCCACCUGAGACUGGUGAAAAAGAUAAACAGAAAGAAGAGGACAACACCGUCACCACUGAAGAUGAUGAUGAGGGCAAAAGCUCAGAUGAAACUCACGAUUCUUCUCCUGGGGUUCGAGUUCUCAGAGGAGGCAGGGGCAAACCAGUCCCACCUACACCCAAGCGCACAUCCGGUAGACUGAGCAAAGCUGUGGUCGUACAGGUGCUCGAUGAGGAGUUUGAUGAAGAAGAAGAAGAGGAGGAGGAAAAGCUCACAAGCACCGAAGAGGAGAAGGGAAGCACAGAGGAAGAUGAAGCUGCCGAACACAAUUCUGAAGAUGAGGAAGAGCCUCCGGUGAUUGACAGAAGAGUGUUGCGGAGGAAAACCAGAGCGAUCCAGUCCACACCCACAAAAGCAAAAAGACGCAGUAAAAACUGAAUACAUUUAUUCUUCAUGACACUCUUGACGCCGUAAGUUAGCAGCACUAGAGCAGCACUAGGACUAGAGCGUAUUGAUAAUCUUUUAUACUUGGGUGAGGGUUUGUAACAAGUGGGUUUUGGUUUAGGUUUUGUUUUACUACUAAAAGACAGAAAAAAAAAAAAAAGAAAAAAAAAGUUUGUUAGUAUGUUGUAAGCCCCGCCCUUAAUAUACAGUGCUGACUGCUAACCGAUUUUAAUCACUCUUUUCUUUUGAUUUACCUUUAUAAUUGACUUAUUUACUGAUCCACGGCUUAGACUGCUUUAAAAAAGCAGCUAAUUUUGUGAAUUACCCAUAAUUUUCCAGCUUUAAUGUGAAGAUCUUAUAUUAUAUGUGCAGUGAAUUGAGUUUCACUAAUAUUGUUUCUGAUUUUGUGUAUUUCAAGUUCUCAGAAGUGUUAAACAUUAAAAACCAUUUCAAUUUUAAGUGUAACACACUUAAAACAAUAAGGUUUCAAGGAAACACCUCCACAAUUUCAUGUUAUAAUGACAGGUUUUUAAGUGUUUUUCCAAAAUGUGAAUUAAUAUACACUAUGCUACAAAUACUUUACUAUAUAUAUAUAUAUAUAUAAUAAAGACUUAAAUAUGCAAAUAUGUUUAUACCUGGGGGAAGUGGAGGUUUGUAUAAAGUUUACAUGUAGGCUUAUUUGUUUACGGUGUGGUUACAUACAGUAUAUAUACACAAGUAAAGAGUAAGGACUGAAAUUAGCAUCCAAAACACUUGUUAUAAUUAACGUCUUAUUGUCUUUUUUAUGUCUUAUUUAAUUUUUUAAAUACACUAACACUAGGUUAUACAUUACGCUGAAAACGAAUACAUAAAAUUUAAUUGUGGCUUUAAAGGGAUAAUUCAUUAGAGUCUAACAACUUGAGGGUGAGUAAAUAUGACAAUUUAAUUUUGGGGUGAACUAUUCCUUUAAGAAAAAUCACGAUUUGUGAUUACACCUUUAAAAUUUGACUCAUACUGAAUUCAAUUAACGUUAACGUCAUCCUUUUUUUAAAAAUCUCAUUUAUAUUCUUUAAGCUGUGAAAGAAGCUUGCACGGUUAGAGUUUGAGUUUAACACUCCGUGGUUAAUAUGGGCGACCACAUGAGGGCGCACUUGGAUGCUAAAAAGAGCCAUUGCUGGAGUCUGUUCACAUUGUGCUUGCAUUUUUAUAUCGGGUGAAAAUAUGGAAAGGGACACUAGAAAACACUAUUUAAUGUGAAUUCUUCUGGAUUUCCUCUCAACUUGAAGUAGCCUAGGCAAAGUUCAUGCUUUUUGUUAAGAGGGAGAUUUCGAUUUCGAUCAGAAUCUUUAGUGCUUUAAACUUUAUUUACUUGUUUUAGGUGUUUGAGCAAUAUUUUUCUGGAGUAGUUUUCUCAAACUGUGAUUUUUUUUUAAUUUUUUUUCCCCUGUAGUUAAUAAAUAGCUUUCUUGUAAAUAU